AUGGGUGGUUGCUGUUGUUCGGCCAGAAAACAUCAUUUGCAAGGAACACCAGUUUAUUACUAUUGUCCGCCAACUUUUGAAGAGCGCGGAUCUUCAACCACUAAUGAUGGUACCGCGGCUUCGCUCUCUGCUGGGUUUCUGGUUGGAUUAAACUUUGAAGCGGCCAUACCUGAUACGUUCCGGUCUCCUCCUGUGCCUCUUCCUUAUGACAUUGUCUUCGGAGGUUCCGCGUCAACAGAUUCCGAGUCUGGCAGAGAAACCGUUAGUAUGAGUAGUUUUGAAACUUCUAUUACACGCGAUGAUGAUAUUGAAGAAUCAGAUUGUAAAGCUCAAACCAAACCUACACCUCUAUCUCCAAAGAAGAAAGAACUAUCAAAAUCAAAUGGAAGACAAGUAUCAGCGACAGAAGAAGAGGAUGUCUGCCCAAUUUGUCUCGAAGAAUAUGACGAUGAGAAUCCUAAAAAUCUGACAAAAUGUGAACAUCAUUUUCACCUAUCUUGCAUUCUUGAGUGGAUGGAAAGAAGUGACUCCUGUCCUAAUUGCGACCAGGAGAUGAUAUUUUGA